AUGGCCCGGCAACAUCUCCCCCUCCCCCCAACAAAAGGGUACCUUCAUGAGCUGGGUGUGCAGGCGGAGGAGGUGAUCCUGGACUUCAAGGCCAGGGAGCACAAGGCCCCGGGGUACACCGACAAGUUCCCGUUUGGCACAGUGCCGGCACUUGAGGACGGGCAUCUGAGUCUGUUUGAGAGCGGCGCCAUCCUGCUGUACCUGGCGGAGCGCUUCCCCCAGGCCUCGGGCGUGACCACCACGGAGCAGCGCGCGCUGGCGGCGCAGUGGGUGCUGUUCGCCAACGCGACGCUGGCGCCGGUAGUGUUCACAGAGUCGGUCAGGGACGCCGACAUGCCCAAGGUGCUUGGCACCCUGGACAAGGUGCUGGCCGGGAGGGACUACCUGGAGGGCGGCAAGUUCGGCGUGGCGGAUGUGGCUGUGGGCUCUUACCUGACCUACAUCCCUGAGUGCCUGCCCCACGUGGACCUGUCGCCCUGGCCAAACGUGAUUGCAUACAUCAACAGGGUGUCAGAGCGCCCAGCUUUUCAGGCCACACUGGGGCCGCCGUGGGCCGAGUGA